AUUCAAAUUAUUCAUUUGAUAAUGAAUCAGUUCAUUCUAGACUAGAGCUGAAUGCAGUAGUUAUUGAUUUCCAAUUGACAGAACGUUAUUGUUUGUAAUUUUGUUAACUAACUGUGGAUUUUUUUCUUGUUAGAUUUUUAUAUAUCCAACUUUGAAUCGUUUGGUUGAAUAUCGAUCUUGAAUCAGAAUAAUCAUUUCGAAUUUUCAAUUCAAAUCAAUUACCUCAACAACUAUUUUAUUGUUCGCGAAAUAAUUUUUACAAUUUAUUACGUGAGAUUAACUAACAACAGUGAAUAUAACAUCAGAUAACAGAACAUCCACAUUUGUGCAUAUUUCGAUUGUUAAGUGUUAUAACUUAAUCAGUUUUUGGAAAGUUUGGAAAAUUCUCACACGCAGGCUUUUCUAUGUCUUCAAAUCGUCUGCUAAAAGACGAUUUGAAAUGCUGCACGAACUAGAGAUGGCUGGGAGAGCAUUGUGUUGCAACGGGCGACACAGGACCGAGUUUGCAACUUUGGCUCAGCAUGAUCAGCCCUUGCAACAAGUUGUGACAACUUACGAAGUGGUCAGGAUUGUAACGAAAAUCAAAAUGGGAAGUUUCAACUCAGCACCGAAAAUAAUGAAUGAUGACAAUCAGGACGAUGACCUCAAUCUUCCAGCUAGGAUGACACACGAAGAUUUCCUCAAGCAUUGCAGAAAAAACUUGGAAGACACGCCUCUGGUUUCCAGAAGUUUUGUUGAUAUUGAGCAUCCAGAAAGAGAUGACAUCACAAAGCUCUCAUCUAAAAUAAGAGUACUGCAAUGGAACAUCUUGUCUCAAGCUCUGGGAGAAGCCGUUGACAACUUUGUUGCUUGCCCUAAUUCCGCUUUGAAAUGGAGAAGACGCAGGCAACAACUGUCUGAAGAAAUAGUCAGAUACCAACCAGACAUCAUCUGCUUGCAGGAGGUUGACCAUUUCAACUACUUCCAGAAGACCCUCUCAACACAAGGCUUCAAAGGCAUCUUCUUCCCGAAGCCCGAUUCGCCAUGUAUAUACAUCAAGGACAACAAUGGCCCCGAUGGAUGUGCUAUAUUCUACAGGGAAGACCGAUUCGAUCUGGUUCGCUCAGAGAACAGAAUCUUGGAAGUGUGGACGGUUCAAAGUAAUCAGGUUGCCGUGCUAGCAAUUUUGAAAGAACUGGAGUCAGGCCAGGAGUUGUGUGUGGCCACGACUCACUUGAAAGCGCGGAGCGGUGCGCUGCUCUCAACUCUGCGCAACGAGCAAGGCAAAGACCUGUUGGACUUUGUGCAGGCCAACGCCGAACAACGCCCCGUCAUCCUGUGCGGCGACUUCAACGCAGAACCCAUCGAACCCAUCUACAGCACCGUCCUUGGUCACGACCUCCUCAGACUGGGCAGUGCCUACCGCCACCCCGACGGUCAGGAGCCCGCCUACACCUCCUGGAAGCUCAGGGAAGACGCCGAGGAGCGACACACCAUCGACUACAUCUUCUACUCGGAAGAACACUUUCAGGUCAACUCGCUGCUCCAGUUCCCGACGGGCGAGGAGAUCGGCGAAGGACGGGUCCCCUCCCUCUGCUACCCCUCCGACCACUUCUCGUUGGUUUGCGACCUCUCUCUCAUACGAACCAGCGACCCCGAAUCACCUUCCAACUGUUCGCUUUAAACCAUCAUCAUCAACAAUUACUAAAUUUAAAAUCAUCUUAUUUAUAGUAACCACAUCAUUCUCAUACAGAUCUCGUAUUAUUUCAAUUUCGUAAAAUCUCUACUGUCUUUGAGAGAAACAGCUGGAUUUUGACGUUAUUGUAGCAAUUUGGUCUGAUGUUCACGAGAGUAAGGAAUGAACAAAGCACAAAAUCUAUCCAGAUAGGAAGUAUUGGAUUCGUACCUGCAAAGACGUUCAAAUUGUCAAAUGGUGCUUGAAAACUUUUGUGUACAGUCAUUUUCAAAUAAAUUUGUUUCUAUGUUUUAACUAGCUUACGGUACUUCACCAACUAUUUUCCUCAAAACAGUUUAGACAUACUGAUGUACAAUUUAGCUGAAAAAUAUGAUGAGCACUGUGAGCCCUGUAUGAGUUUGUUUUACAACUCAAAUUAAUUUGAUACUAGCUCAAUGUAAAAUGUGAAAUACACUACUUGUAGAACAAUUCAACAUAACACAGAAUCUCUUCUUAAUAGAUGAAAUAUGAAUUAGUAAAACUUAUCACACAAACAAGAUCUUUCUGAAAAUUAAUCAUUGUUGUUAAUAAUUUCGAAAUUAAUUUUAUGUAUAGUCAUGCAUUUACAUAAAUAGUUGAUAAUGCCAUUAGUAUUUUUUUCAAACCAAGAGUGUAGGCUACUUGAUGAAAUUUUGACGCACAAUAUUGUUUAAGUAAGUUACAGUACAAUCAAAAAUAAAUAACAUCUAGAUCUUCCAUAUUUGUGACAUUCACAUUCCAAUAGCAGUUUUUUGAAUGUGUAACACUCAUAUUUUAUUAGUAGUUUAAACGGAACUGUUAUUCUAUAAUACUAUCUGUUUGUUUUACAUUUCUGGAUUGAGAAAUAGAGGUGUUAUCUCCAUUAAUAGAUACUCAUCAGAAACACAAUAAUUACUUUAUUCUAUUUACUACAUCAAUGACUGUUACAGGUUUUUUAGCAGCUUUCUUUAAUUUCAACGUUCCUUCGGACCCGAAUCUAUGCGUUCGACUAUCAUUGGAAAAUAAAAUAUGAUACACAUCACACAUGCGUACAUAUGGUACACAUCAUCAAACAAUCACGAUGCCAAAUCGGUUUCAUGGCACUUAUAUGAAAUGAGACCAUCACUUCUAGAAUGUAGUUGUAAGAAUCAAUCAUGCCAAAACUAUAGAUCACCAUUAAUCGGUUAUUUUUAAUGUGGUAUGGGACUAAGACUGUGAUAAUCGCAACUAGUGUAUUCCAUGAUAAUAUUGUUAGUUGAUUUAAUUAUAAGUAAAGUUUCCAAACUUGUUUUUGGAUAGUACUUUAAACUUUUAGUGAUUUCCUAUAUUUAUGUUCUUCCUUAUUUUUGAAUCACAAAUUAUGACUGUUUGCCAGUUGAAUAAGGUAUUAUUUUUGUACGGUAGGCCACAAUUUGUAAGUAGUGGGAUUAUAUUUAUGUAUUGUGAUGUCAUUUUAUAAUGCUUACAAUAAAUUGAAAAAAUGGUUGAAGAAUCAUUUUGCAUGUAUUGUAAUAGCAAACAAGUUUGUGAAAUAAAAUUCGAGUUGAAA